CACGAUUUCGACUUCUUCAAAUUGUACUGAUCCUUGUCGUACUUUUUCUCUUCAAUUUCCUUUAAAGGACUCUCAUGAAUACGAAAUAAAAAGGACGAAACACUUUCAAAAUGUCCAUGGAUCUGGACGCUCCAGUAUCACUCCCUUCAGUUCAUCAGCCACAGGCGGCAACCAUCCUCUGCUGCAACUGUGGUGCACCCAUAGAUGGAACGGCAUCGGCAGGUGCAUUGUGCUAUGACUGUAUCAAACUGUCUGUCGAUGUCUCGGAAGGCAUACAGAGAGAGGGAGUACUGCACACAUGCCGAGAUUGUGAACGAUGGCUGAGUCCUCCUUCACAAUGGGCAUCAGCGGCGCUCGAAAGCAGAGAAUUGCUCGCUCUCUGCCUUCGGAAACUACGUGGCCUCAACAAGGUCCGAAUUAUUGAUGCAAACUUUCUGUGGACAGAGCCCCAUUCACGACGCAUCAAGGUGAAAAUCACCGUUCAACAAGAAGCUUACGAGGGCACUAUACUUCAACAGACCUUUGAGGUUGAAUACGUAGUCGCUUACCAACAAUGUCCAGACUGUGCCAAGUCCUACACACCAAACACCUGGCGGGCGUCGGUGCAAGUCAGGCAGAAAGUGCCACACAAGCGAACCUUCUUGUAUCUCGAACAACUCGUUCUAAAGCACGGUGCACACAAGGAAACCAUCAACAUCAAGGAAGUCAAAGAUGGUCUUGACUUUUACUUCGCCCAACGAAACCAUGCCGAGAAGUUUGUCGAUUUCCUCACGUCUGUAACGCCGGCCAAGGUGAAGAAAUCGCAGGAACUGAUCUCCAUGGACAUUCACACCUCGACCAAAUCCUACAAAUUCACAUACUCCUGCGAACUGUUGCCGAUUUGCAAGGACGACCUGGUAGCUCUGCCGAUAAAGAUGGCAAAAUCCAUCGGUAACAUUGCGCCAUUGGCACUUUGCUACCGAGUGGGCACGUCAGUAAACCUGAUCGACCCGACGACACUACAGACCGCCGAUCUUCCGACCGGAACAUACUGGAGGAACCCUUUCAAAAAUCUGGCCGACGUCCAAGAACUUGUCGAAUUUGUGGUGCUGGACAUCGAACCGUUGGGUUCACAGAAUGGUCGGUUCUUCUUGGCUGAAGCCACGGUCGCGCGGGCCGCAGAUCUCGGCAUCAACGACAAGACCUACUACUGUAGAACGCACCUGGGAGGAGUGCUCCACGCCGGUGACUCGGUUCUGGGUUACCAUUUGACGGGCACGAAUUUCAACAACCCCCAAUUCGAGGAGCUGGAACAGAACAAUGCGUACGCCUCCACCAUUCCGGACGUCAUGCUUGUGAAGAAGUUCUACGCCCGCAAGAAGAAGCCCAAGUCCAGAUCGUGGAGACUCAAGCGGAUGGAGAAGGAGGAGGGCGACCUUUUGCCCAAAAAACAGGACCAAGAGAGGAUGGAUGCAGAUUAUGAAAUGUUCUUGCGCGACGUCGAGGAGGAUGCCGAACUUCGUCAAACUCUGGCCCUGUACAAAGCCAAGCAACAAAAGACCAAGGACGUGGACAUGAUGAGUAUGGCUACCGGGGAGAGCGAGGAGGACGAAGUACCAAAGAUCAACAUGGAUGAUUUGCUGGAUGAUUUUGACGAGUUGAAUGUCAACGAUGUUGAGUGAUUUCGGGGUUCUGUCACACGAGUACUUCGUACCUGGGUAGUAAUCAUUUAUCAACCUCAUGGCUGGGUCCAGGGCGUUUUGUAGGUCUGAUAGGUGUCCCGGGUCUCGAUCGACGACCUGGUUGCUACCUUAUUUCAAUGCAGAGAUAUCCACAAUAAUGCCAUCUCUACCUACUUCAACGUGCUCGACGGU